GUCCAUUCCCGGAGCCUUACCUGCUUGCUGUCAGUGAAACAAGAAUAGCAGUUGUUGAUCUAUCAUCCAGUUAUUCAACAAUCGUCGUUCAUGAACGUCACGGUAUCAAAAACUUGAUCAUUGAUCCUGUUGAGAAAAACAUGUACUUUAAAAGUGGGACAAAAGUGUACAGAGCGAAUUUUGAUGGCUCUGAUAAAGAAGUGAUUGAUGAAGAUGCUAUACAAAUAUUUGCAUUAGACUGGAUAGGACGACGCAUGUUCUGGGUGGAUUCAGAGGAAACGAAAUCGAUAGCUAUGGGUAAUGUUGACCUCUCUAACGGAACAUAUUUCCAUGUCAGUGAAAGCAAUAUUGGAAGCUUGGCUGUCGAUGCUAAUGCAGGGUUAGUUAUUGGUAUUUAA